GUGUCAGCUUGUUAUCGUCCAAUUAUUUUAUAUUACAAAAAUCAGUCAUUUACAUCCUAUAAAUACCUCUCCGUCCAUUCGCUUCCCUCAGAGCACUUUCAAGAUCUUCCUCUUCUCCAUUUCUUUAAUAUUUUCUUCUGCUUUGCUUCGCCUAAUCAUUCCAAUGGCCAGUGUUGAGGUUCAACAAACAUCAACGGCAAUGCCGGAGAAGGAGACAGCAGAGGUGACCCUGGUUGAUGAGAGUACACCGAAGGAGGAGGAAAAAGCAGAGGAAGCAACAACAGAAGCCCUCGUUGAAGAGGAAGCAACAACAGGAUUUCCUGAAGCUGAUACCAAAGAAGCCAAAGUUGACGAGGAAGAGAAGGCAGCCGCUGCUGAUGAUGUGAAAGAAGAGACUACAGAGGCGAAGGCCGAAACAGUUACAGAAGAAGAAGUGAAGGCAGAGACGGAAGCACCAGCAGAGGAGGGAGUUUCUGAGAAAGAAGAACAAGUUCCAGUUGAAAAGGCUGAGGAGUAGACAAGGGGAUAACUUCUGCUGCGUCUAUUAUUUGUUUACGGUAAGUAUGGAAGAUGGAUGUGUGACGAGGAGUUUUUCUAAAUUCUUUUCGCUCUAUUUCGGGUUUGAUACAUAUAAGUAUUAAUUUAAGCGCACGUCACAUAUCACGGUGAUUGGUGUGUGGUUCAGUUUGACAUGGUGUGGUGUGAUCUCUACUAAGUUUGUAUUUCGGUAUAUGUAUUUAUACAGCAUUACAUAUGUGUUGUAAUAUUCGGGGCUUAAUGAUAAAAGAACUUGUUAUUAUUCA